CUGUGGCAUCUCAGCAUGGCUCGGGCACUGGGAGUACCAGUUGCCCUGGGGUUGUUGGGCCUGUGCUGGUCUCUGAUCCUUGCCCACCCUCUUCCUCCGGAUGGUACUCCUGGGAACAGAGCUGAAGAACCCUGCUCAGAUGGCUGGAGCUUUGAUGCUACCACCCUGGAUGAACAUGGGGCCAUGCUGUUUUUUAAAGGGGAGUUCAUGUGGAAGAGUCACAGUUGGGUCCGGGAGUUAAUCUCAGAGAGGUGGAAAAAUUUCACCAGCUCUGUGGAUGCUGCAUUCCGCCGUGGUCACAACAGUGUCUUCCUGAUCAAGGGGGACAAAGUCUGGGUGUACCCUCCUGAGAAGAAAGAGAAAGGAUAUCCUAAGUUGCUCCAAGAAGAGUUUCCUGGAAUUCCAUCCCCAGUGGAUGCAGCUGUGGAAUGUCACCGUGGGGAAUGUCAAGAUGAGGGCGUCCUCUUCUUCCAAGGUAACCACACAUGGUUCUGGGACUUGACUACGGGAACCACAAAGGAACGUUCCUGGCCGGCUGUUGGGAACUGCUCCUCUGCCCUGCGAUGGCUCAGCCGCUACUACUGCUUCCGGGGUAACCAAUUUCUGCGCUUCAACCCCGUCACGGGAGAGGUGCUUCCAAAAUACCCUCUGGAUGUUCGAGACUACUUCAUACCCUGCCCUGGCAGAGGCCAUGGACACAGGAAUGGGACAGGCCAUGGGAAUGGUACCCACCCUGGCCAUAGGAAUAUGCACUGUGGCCCAGAUCUAGUCUUUUCUGCACUGCUGACUGACAACUAUGGUGCUACGUAUGCCUUUAGUGGGUCCCACUACUGGCGUCUGGACACCAGCCGGGAUGGGUGGCACAGCUGGCCCAUUGUUCAUCAGUGGCCCCAAGGUCCUACAACAGUGGAUGCUGCUUUUUCCUGGGAUGAUAAAGUCUACCUGAUCCAGGGCACUCAGAUAUAUAUCUUCCUGACAAAGGGAGGCUAUACUCUAGUAGAUGGUUAUCCAAAGAGGCUGGAGAAGGAAUUUGGGAGCCCUCAUGGGGUCAACCUUGAGGCUGUGGAUGCAGCCUUUACUUGUCCUGGGUCUUCUCGGCUCCACAUUAUGGCAGGACGGAAGCUGUGGUGGCUGGACCUGGAGUUAGGAGCUCAAGCCACAUGGACGGAGCUUCCUUGGCCCCAUGAGAAGGUUGAUGGGGCCCUGUGUGUGGAAAAGUCCCUCGGCCCCAACUCAUGUUCUGCCAAUGGCCCUGGCUUGUACCUCAUCCAUGGCCCCAAUUUGUACUGCUACAGUAAUAUGGAGAAACUGAACACAGCCAAGACCCUACCCCAGCCCCUGAGAGUGGACAGCCUCCUGGGCUGCAGUCAUUGAGAGGAAGGCUCUUGACAUGAGUCUGGCAUAGCCCUUUAUCCCUAUUUUUCUCACAAUAAAGGCAGAGUGCUUCAUUACUGGACUCAAGGA